AGCACUCGUCACUGGCACACGGGCCACGUCGACGGUCAGGCCAGUCUUACAAUCAAUCUCGCGUUGCUAGUAUCGCGUGAAAAGAUUAAAUUACAUAUUCCAUUACUGUCGUUCGUGCAAAACUCUUUUUCUUCACAGAAACUUAUUUUUAUUUUAGUGAUUUUUUCAUCCACUAAGGAUCUAAUUUAUUUUCAAUUCAUUCAGAGUCGGAUAUUAAUAGAAAAAAAUGGACGCGCCAGGAUUCACAGAAUUUGCGAGAGCAAUGAUAGAUUACAUCACAAAUUAUUUGGAAAACAUAAGAGACAGACAAGUUCUACCGACGGUGAAACCAGGAUAUAUAAAACCAUUGUUACCAGACGAAGCUCCUCAAACUCCAGAAAGAUGGGAGGAUGUUAUGGCUGAUAUUGAAAAAAUUAUCAUGCCAGGUGUUACUCAUUGGGGAAGUCCAAAAUUCCACGCCUAUUUUCCCACUGCACAAUCCUAUCCAGCAAUUGUUGCUGACAUGUUGAGCGGUGCAAUUGCUUGCAUUGGAUUCACGUGGAUUGCAAGUCCAGCUUGUACUGAAUUGGAAGUUGUGAUGCUGGAUUGGCUGGGAAAAAUGAUUGAUCUACCAAAGGAAUUUUUGGCGUGCAGUGGUGGAAAAGGAGGCGGUGUCAUUCAAGGAACAGCGAGCGAAGCGACUUUAGUUGCACUUUUAGGUGCAAAGGUGAAAAAAAUGAAACAAGUCAAGGAACAACAUCCCGAAUGGUCGGAUUAUGAAAUAAUCGAAAAAUUAAUCGCCUACGCUUCUUGCCAGGCUCACAGUUCAGUGGAGAGGGCAGGUCUUCUUGGCGGUGUGAAAUUUCGACUUUUGGACACUGACUCAAAGCACAGUCUUAGGGGAGAAACUUUGGAAGAGGCAGUGAAAGCUGACAAAGAAAAGGGCCUUAUUCCAUUUUAUGCUGUUGCAACUUUGGGAACAACAUCAUCCUGUACUUUUGACAGACUUGAUGAAAUGGGUCGUGUUUGCAAUCAAGAAGAAAUUUGGCUCCACGUGGAUGCUGCAUAUGCUGGAUCAGCUUUCAUUUGCCCGGAAUUUCGUUAUCUGAUGAAGGGAAUUGAAAUGGCUGAUUCCUUUAAUUUUAACCCGCAUAAAUGGAUGUUGGUGAAUUUUGAUUGUUCGCCAAUGUGGUUAAAGGAUCCAACUUACGUUAUCAAUGCUUUUAACGUGGAUCCUUUGUAUUUGAAACACGAUAUGCAAGGAUCGGCACCAGAUUACAGGCACUGGCAAAUUCCAUUGGGUCGUCGAUUUCGAUCAUUAAAAUUAUGGUUCGUUUUACGUCUCUACGGUGUUGAAAAUUUACAGAAACAUAUCAGAAAUCACGUGUCGCAAGCUCACGAAUUUGAAACUUUAGUUCAAUCUGAUUCACGUUUUGAAAUCGUCGAAGAUGUUACCCUCGGAUUGGUCUGCUUUCGACUUAAGGGUUCAAAUGAUUUGAAUGAAAAUCUCUUGAAGAGAAUCAAUGGAGCGGGCAAUAUUCAUCUUGUACCAUCGAAAAUUAAGGACACUUUCUUCCUGCGAUUAGCAAUUUGCUCAAGAUAUAGCGAAAGUAAAGACAUUCAAUAUUCUUGGAAAGAAAUUAAACUUCGAGCUGAUGAAAUACUUGAAGAGCAAUCAAUUUCAAAGUGAUGGCGGGCGCGAAUAACUCGUAGUUGCAAAGCCAUUGCUCCUGAUACUUGCAAUCAGUCUUAAAAUAAAAAAGGAAAUACACAAAUAAAAACAAAAAUAAAAAUAAAAAGGAAAACAAAAAGAAAAUUGAAAAUAAAAAUAAAAACAAAAAGAAAAAUAAACAGAAAUAAAUAAAAUUAAA